AUGUCCGACCUGGAAUUGACGCUCGAGAGACUUCGCAACGCGUAUGAGAAUCCCGAAUACCAGGGAGGCCUCAAUACAGCAUUGAGAAAAGCAUUGAGACUAUUCGCCACGGCUGCCAGGUUGGACUUUGUCCAAGACAAUGCAGGCAACAUACACAUAUGGAAACAUGGCCGGGACCCCGAUCUGGCAAACAUCGCAAUAGCGUUUCAGUUGGACGAAAACAGGUCGAAGGCUUCAUGUGAGAGUGCGUUCCGCCUCUUUCACCGGCUGCAAAGGGAGAAUUUACUGUGCGGCCUCACGCUGCUGGGCUGGACUUCUGCGGGAGGCAAUCAUCUCGGACGCGAUCUGUGGGAAACAGGCGGUUCCACACCGAGCAAAUGGCCAUGGCAGCCCGAACUUGAGCAGUUUUCGACAUUUACAGAUGUUUCAAAGUUUCAGCUGUCGGCAAUCUUCGAAGUAGCUGAGCACCAAGGCCUGCUGUUGGAGGCGGAAGGAGCACCUGUACUUCUCGAACACGUCAAGAAAGAGGCAAAGUCGGCCAUAUCAAGCAGGCCAGCCAUACGGAAACAAACGCGAGCACCAGCGAUACGCAUAAAGGGCCCAAACGCGGAAGCGAUAGGUUUUGAGGCCAUCAAGACUCACAGCGCCUAUGUUGGGGCUCUGUUUGACAAUUUUGACUAG